GAUGCGAAUGUAGUAAAACAUUAGUUAGUUUCAGACGUUAGUCGUGCACGAAUCAAAAUGUCUUCAAGAGAGAAUCUUGUUUUGACUUCAUUGUUUUUAAUAUUUAUUCAAUACAUCUCAUUCUCAGAAGGUGGUCAGUUUCAAUCGAAGUAUACUUACGUAGAUACCUUAGAUGGCUGGCUGAAGAUGCACCGUCUACCUGCUACAUGGAACAGCGCGCGCCUUCGAUGUCACGCUGAAGGGGCGGUUUUGGCAUCACCUCUUAACGAGAUCUUCCUGAAAGAAAUGUUGAAGACAAUGAAAACUAACAGUACAUUAAAUUUUGGAGUGUUCACUGGCAUUCAUGCCAGUAUCUAUAAAGGACUAUAUUUUUCUGUAGAAGGAGUACCGCUGGAGAAUAUUACAGUAGAAUGGGCACCAGAGGAGCCGGACGACCACGAUAAUAGUGAGAACUGUCUGAUGCUGUAUGCCAAUGGUACCAUGGCUGAUGUGAAUUGCAACUUCACCUUUCCUUACAUGUGCUACAAGAAAGGAAGUAAAAAGUAUAAAAAAAUUAAUGAGUGUGGUACGACUGAUAAUAAUUAUAAAUUAGUUCGAAGAACGAACAAUUGCUAUAAAUUUCAUUCCGUUUGCGCAACAUGGCGCACAGCGUACAUGAUCUGCGCCGCCGAGGGUGGUCACUUGGCCAUCAUUAACAGUAACUACGAGAGAGAUAUUCUUAGGAGUUUGUUUGACUCUUAUUCCUCGAACAGCAUUCAGUGUUAUUAUGCGAGCACAGCCAUGCUUGGGUAUUGGGACUGGAAUAAUGAUAGCACUUGGUUUACUAUUCACGGUCAGACUCUUGAGGAAGCAGGAUAUGCCAGUUGGGAAAGUGAAUCACCUGAUAAUAAGAAACUGAAUAAUGUUGGCCAACAUUGCGGCGGGAUGAUGCGGAACGGCUUACUUGAUGAUGUCUGGUGCGACGUCCCAAUGCCUUUUAUAUGCGAAAAGGAAAUAAAUUUAUAAAGCAAAUAUGAAAUAGCUGUAAAUUAAACAAUUUUUUUUAUACUACUAUAAUUGUAGGUAAUAAAAACAAUAAAACUUCAAAAUUAUAUAAUUAUUAUUUAUUUAAAUAAGCUAUAAGCAUUUAUCUCCACAAUUGUGUUAUUCACUUUUAAGGAAAAGGUAAUUUGCCGGCGUCGAUUAGUAAAUAUAUACAAUAACAUAUUAAUUAAUAUUAAUAUAUUUUUAAU